CUGAUCCGAACUGAUCCGAACCGAUCCGAGCUGAUCCGAACUGAUCCGAACCGAUCCGAGCUGAUCCGGACAGUCUCCGGAUCUCCACCUUUUCCGCGGCCCCGGGGCAUGCUGGGAUUUACCUGGACUUCCACCUGAGUGGACAGACUUCCGGAUGAACCCACCCGCUGCUCCGACCACCGGUUGAUUGUGGAUCCCGGUGGCGGCUGUUUAACCCGCUUUAUCAACCCGGGUCAACUGAUCCGGGUCAGAUGCAGUGAAAGUCCUGAGGUCUGGCGGAGGACAUGCGUCUGUCCGGCCGCUGCAGCCGGGACGGAGAGGCGGUGUCCGGCCUCAGGGAGCUGGAGGCUCUGCGGCAGCGGCAGGAGGAGCUGGUCCGGAGGGCGCUGGAGGAGGAGGAGGAAGAGGAGGAGGAGGAAGAUGUCCUGCUGCUCAGGAAACAGCUGGUAGGUCUCAUGACCUCUGACCCUGGUCUGCACAGACUCAGGUGUGACGUCAAAGAAGAGCGGUGCAACUGUUUGGACUGUGACGUUCUGGUUGGAGGACGUUGUGAUGACUUGUCUGGAACAGUUCGUCGCUCACUCUCUGCCCCUCACCCACACACCCUGGAUUCUGUCUCCUGUUGCUCCCAGUCGAAGAAUCGCUGCAACCUGGUGAUCCAAAAUGGCAGCGACGUGUACCGUUACCCAAGCCCGCUGCACGCCGUGGCAGUCCAGAGUCCGAGCUUCCUUCAGAUGUUGGGUCAUUGCAGUCACAGCGUAGACGAUGGACUUCUGAAAACCAUUGAAGCUGGUGUUAAAGUUAUCAAACCAGAGUCUGCUUCUGUUGCAGCUCCUCUUGUACCUCAGAGCUCAUCCUGGUCGGCCUCCUCUUCUUCCCACACUCAGUCUCAGAAGCAUCUGGACAGCUACAUCUACAGUCUAGUACAGCGGAGAGCCCUGCCCAUCAGGACCAGCAGACCCAGGACCAGCAUCAGCACUGAACCGUCAAAGAGCUUUCUGAGGCAGGCAAGUCUAUGUGUGAGGCAGGUGUCUGGUCCUGGUUUAAAGACUUUGAAGGGGUCUGAACUGGAACCCACCAGCACAGCAGCAACCUUGUCUCCUCAGAGGCAUUGGUCCGUGGAGACUAAAGCAGAGAAGGUGGAGACCUUAAAUAGCGUCUAUGGCGGCAGCGUUGACACAAAGCAAGAUGGCUUCAAGAUUAAUAGCAGUGACUUGGCACGAAACCAGAGCAGCUCUCUAAUGAACCCAAGUCUGCUGACAAAGAAGAGCAAAGUGUUGCUCCCUCUGUCAGCAGUGGCCAUCGCCACUAUGCAUAAAGACGUCAAGGAGCCUGGCACUCCCAAAGCUGACUCCACCCCCAAGGCGACCAAGCAGCCAUGUUACUCGCCUGACCCAGCACUGCUCCUCAGAUCUCCUCCGGCUGUCAAAACACAAUCAGCCUCUCCUACGAACAGCCCCAAGCUUCUGCAAGCCGACCAGACGGAGAAAGGUGACAGGUCAGUACUGGAGCUUACAGUUCUAGGGUCCUCCUCUCAGACUCCGGACAAAGCAAGAGGUGGAGGAGGACGAAGGAGUCACAUGGUUAACACUAAGAACAUUCCUGCCCAGCGGCAGAACAUCAAACUCUGCAAAGGGAGCAGAAAGAAUACCAAGACUGUCAAGGUGAAGAUCACCACGUCGAUGAAGAUGAGUCUGACCCCUGAACACAAUGAGCCUUCAGAGAGAGAAGAGGAUAAAUCUCACCGCAGGUCCAGUUCUAAAGAGUCCCAGCUACUGGAGGAUGGAGGUUCUACCAACAUUAAAGUCUCCAAGACAGCACCUGGCACUGCUUCCUCAUCCAUAAUCAAACGCCUUCCCUUGUCCAUCCCAGAAGGCCGAGUCCUGGAUAAAUACACCACACUGACACUAACCAGUGUGCGGUCAGGCACGUCCAAGUACUGUUACCAUGGAAACCUCCACCACCACAGUCACCAUCAUCACCAUCACCACAGGCGUGACCAGGUAAUGGUUGUUGCUAAACCAAAACACAAACGCCAUGAUUACCGGCGGCUACGUGUGACCAUGGAUGUCGCACAUGAGGCGUUCAGACGCACUCAGGGAAAGCAGAGAAAAGAGCGUCUCAGUAUUUCUGCAGCCAACAUGUACCGCCCCUCCAGUGGGCAGCUGAGGAGCCCGUACUCUUACAUUGGAAGAAGUGACUCUGAGUAUUCUGCCGAGUGUGCGUCGCUCUUUCACUCCACCAUCAUGGACACCAGUGAGGACGAGAGAUCCAACUACACCACCAACCGCUUUGGAGACAGUGAGUCUGUGGAGGAGAGCACCACCAGCAGUGGUACUGAGGAGAGUGGAGCUGGCGGUGGGACAGGUGGAAUGGGCAAAUGCUGGAACCAGUUGGGGGCACCAGGGGCCAGGGUGAUGGGGCAAGACAGGAGUCCACCUCAGGUGAAGGCCUUCGUCAAGAUUAAAGCCUCUCACAACCUGAAGAAGAAGAUCCUGAGGUUCAGGUCAGGUUCACUCAAACUCAUGACCACUGUGUGAGUCAGCGGGAGGCAGGAAACCACCGUCCUGCCAAAGUGGACCAGAGUCCUACCUGCUGGAAUGUCUUACCCAUGCACUUCUUAUGUUCCUGAACCUAAUACACUGUAAAACAUGGGACACUUAUGAAACUAAGAGACUAAACCACACCACACAACUCUUGUAAGAACCAUGUGGCACAGGAACUCUGUUCACUGGUUGAGUUCAUCUGAGCGACUCAGUGUGAUCACGACUCCAGGAGCUGCUGUUUUCUAAAUACUGUGGGGGGUGCUCAUCUUUCCUCUUGGGUUCUUCAGCAUGAUGUUUAAAGAGGGAAUGUUCUGGUGCACUUUGUCAUCAGUAGCCUUUCAGUGAUUGGCUCACAUAUCAGCUUCACAUGUGCGACUGUUCAUCUAAAUGACUCCUUGUCUUUAGGUUUCUGGUUACACCAAGUUUCAUUUUGGGAAACUACAGAUUGUAAAGGGUGGGCUUGAAUCCAGCCAAUCAAAUUGUUGUGCUUCCUGUUCCUGUCUCUCCUGGUUCAACAAGUGCCUCAAUGGAAGUGAACCCGGCUGUGAGACCUGCUUCAAACAAACAUGUCGUCCAACCAGGUCCAGAAAUCCCUGCUCUGACUUUUCACCAUCACUGUUCCUCCUUCAGAAGAGUUUCUGUAACUAGGCAACCAACUGCAGAAGGGAUCAUCUACUUCCUGUUUACAUCACAUGACCAGUGUAGGUGAACGGUCAUGUGAUUCCAGGUGUGUUAGCGUGGACAGAGAUUGUUUUAGUUUUUAAAUGAGUUCCCAACCGGACACAAGACCAACAGCAGCUUCUCCAGGUCCAGACUCCUGCGGUCGGAAAGUCUUAACAAAUAGAUUUGCUGUCCCUCAGUUGUAAAUUACUUUGGAGAAAAAUUUGUGAAUUCAUUUAAAUGGCAGAAUUUCACCACAAGACAUUUCAUUUCUUUUAACAGCAACAAAAAAUCAAGAAGACUUUUACCCUGGUUUUGAUGUGGAUUGAGUUUUGAGACAUGUGGUCGUUCGUCUCCAGGUUUCUGAGCAUCGGUUCAUCUCCAUUCUCGGCCUCUAAGUUUGUAUAUUCAGAAUAUUUAAAUAUCACUAUAACCUGGUUUCUGUUGAAAUUCCCAAAACCAAACGGAGCUUCCACACCAUCACUGUACAAAGUCACAAAGAGGUUUCAGACACAGUCAAUGAUGUGGGCGGCUCUUUGUUUGAAGCAGGGUGUGCGUCCGGUCGUCAGAGUUGUUUGGAAACGUCCGCAGAUGUUUAUGUCUCCAGAAGGUUCCUCACUGUCCUCAGUGAUGUCUUUAUUUCCUGGACGGGACGGACUGUGUCACCUCGUUCAUCUGUUGUUUGUUUGUAUCUUGUUAGCUCUUUGCUGAAACACGACAGGUUUCUGUAAAUGCUUCUGUUUUUAUCAAUGA